UAUCGAAUACUUUUCCAUGUUAGAGACAUAUUAUUAUUAAUUAAUUUAUACUUUAAUAAAAUAAAAUUAAAAUGUUAAAUGAAGCAGACAACUUGGCGGACAUCUUUCGUGGUGGACUGCCUUAUUUUCUUAUCAUAACGUUACCUAUAUUAAUAAUUUGCUCGCCAUGUCUUGCUAGUGAAUUUGAAGUUAUGGCAAUGACAAAAUAUGAUGUCAACGGCGAAAAUUUUGGUUCACGGUCGUCUGUAAUAUCAUUAGAAGCGAAAUCUUUAUAUACUUGGAAUACAGGCCGGCAUUGUGUUCUAGCAAGGUUACUGGACAUUUCUCUAAAUGAUUUUAAUAGAAUCCGUCAAAAAGCUGGUGGCCUUAUCAUUAUGUUGCCAGAUGAUGUUCAGACUUUAAGCAACGAAGUUAAGGAUCAGAUUUUAAUGCUGGAACAGCAAAUGCUUACUCAAUCCAUACCCAUUCCUGUUUAUUUUGCUUCCUUUACUAAAACCUUGGAACAUAUUAUAAAUGAUAUCACAUCAACAACUAUCGAUAACAAUACCCAAGACAAAACUGCACUUGGCCAACUUUUAUUAUCAGUGAACGCUAAUGGUUACCACAUCACUGUAGAUGGUCAAAAUAGUGCGGCAAAUAAAAACAGUAAACUAGCAUCUAUUCAAGGAGAAUUUGUGCCAAAUCAAUAUGCUAUGCAAAAGGAAAACACCGGUGAUGGCAAUAACUUACCUCUUAUUCUGAUCACAGCGAAUUUGAAGACAUUUGGCAUAAUUAAUAAAUAUCCAUUAAAUGCUGAUUCAGCGGUGUUAAUGGCACUUAUAGAAAUAUUUAGUAAAUUGCAUACCACACUUAGCACAACGCCUAAAUAUCGUUUGGGAUUCUUCCUAUCUGACUCCGGAUUGUUACUAAACUUCCAAGGAUCUAAAAAAUGGCUUGAAAUAGAUGAUAAUUUAGCAAUACAGAAUGUUGAGUUUGUAUUAUGUCUCGACACGAUAACUCAAAGCUUAACUUCCAAUCAACCAAAUGUAUUAUACAUGCAUGUAUCAAAGCCACCAAAAGAAAAAACUUCAAUAAGUAAUUACUUUAAGCUUCUUAAAUCAAUCGCUGGGCGUAACUCAGCAAAUCUAACAGUGGAGGGUGUUCAUAAAAAAAUCAAUCUAGCCGAUUCUAAAUUGUCAUGGGAGCACGAGCGAUUCUCCAUGAAACGAUUCCCUGCGUUUACAUUAUCUUCGGCAAGAAACCCUACAAGUCCACUGCGAACUACAAUGUUUAAGGACAAAGAAUCCCAUAUAGUAGAGCAACUAGUUACUUCUGUGAAGAACAUUGCAGAAUCUCUAGCUUGUUAUAUGUAUAAAAUAGAUCCGUUGUCUGACAUUUUUAAGGGCCAUGCUGCAAUAACUGAAGACAAUAUUCUUCCAUAUCUUGGAAUAAAAGCAAUUUUGCAAAAUAACGACAUUAAAGACGGUUUUGAGAAGUAUCUGAAAAAUGUCAAAGUAUUUUAUGACAAACCCGAUGAACGCGAACCUGAUUUUAUGUUUUAUAAUGGUAUCAAUCCAAAGCUCAAUAUCUAUCGAGUGAAACCCGCUAUAUUUGAUCUAUUUCUCACUUUUGCCAUAUCCCUUUAUCUGGUUGGUAUUUAUUUUGCAAUUCAGUUUUUCCCAAAACUUUAUGGAUUAAUAUCGACAAGUACAAAUAUUUCUAUUCGCUGCUUCAUAAAGCCAUCGCCGAACGUCUUAAAACGUAAAUAAUUUACAAACCACUAAUGAAGAAGACGAUAAGAUACGUUGCAGAUAUUUUUCCGUUUAUCAGCCAUUGAAGUCAUAUACUAUUUUAAAUUAAAAAUUUUACUUUAAAAACAUUUAUGUAU